AAGAAAGUCUGAUAUUUUAUAUAAAUAUAGUAAAGACACGGCUGACUAAAUCGUAGCCAUUUAUUUCCCCAAUAAGAAAGCAGGCAGAUGAAAAUGACGAUAAUGCCAUCCGUCCUUAAACCCUCCUCUUCAGUCACUUUCUUUGUGUGCUUUUAUAUAUCUCUCUCUCUCUCUCUCUCUCACUUUUUAUUGAUUCUGCGUAAAUUCAUGCCAAAAGAGAAAAAGUUACACACUGCCCAAGAUUCUGAGUGAGUGUGGUAUUGAAUUCCUCACCAUCCUUUUCGAUUAUAUGAUCUUUUGUUCCUUCUCUUGAUAAUUUCCCCUUCAUACAAAACUCAUUUCACUUCACUAACAAGGUGAUUCAUUGAUUGAUUUUCUGCUCCGAUCGUUCUUUACAUUACAUAUAAUGACAUCUUGUGAUAGCGGCAAUUCAUUUCGUCAAUGUCGAUGAGUAAGUGGAGAUCGUAUGUGGCUGAAAAUUGAAAAAUGAAGAGAAAGCAUUACUAUCAGCUGAACCAUUCGUUUGAUCCAUGUCCUUUCGAGGUCUUCUGCUCGGGGACAUGGAAGCCCGUGGAGCACUUAAGGAUCGAGAAUGGAACGAUGACGAUGCGGCUUUUGGAAAACGGACAUGUAUUGGAAGAUGUAAGACCUUAUCAGAGGCUUCGUCUUAGAUCAAGAAAGGCCACUCCCAUCGACUGUACCUCUUUUCUACGACACGGUGUCGAUGUUUGUGUUCUCUAUCAGAAAAAUGUCAGCUUGGAUGAAGAUACUCCGGAGCAUGACUUAGAGGAGCCGGUUUGGGUUGAUGCAAAGAUUGUAUCGAUAGAGAGGAAGCCUCAUGAAUCCGAAUGCUUGUGUAAUUUCUAUGUCAGCGUUUAUAUAGACCAAGGCUGCAUCGGUUUGGAGAAACAUAGAUUGAAUAGAUCUUCAGUGCUCGUUGGACUCAGCCAAAUUUCCAUUCUCCAGAUGUUUCACAAAGAACAAAGCUUGGACCGGUUCUACAGAUGGAGAUUCUCGGAGGACUGUGCUUUGCUUGUGAAAACAAGGCUAACCCUCGGCAAGUUCUUGCCUGAUCUUACGUGGCUGCUUGUUACAUCAGUCUUGAAAAGCAUUGUGUUUCACAUCAGAACAGUUCAAGAGAAGAUGGUUUAUCAGAUUGUGACGGAUGAAGAAGGCUGUAGCAGUUCUUCUCUGAGUGCAAUGAAUAUGACGGUGGAAGACGGAGUUUUCAUGUCCAAGUUGUUUUUGUUCAAUCCAGCUGCGAAUGAUACUCAUAAUCAAGAUCCUGAUGUAAAGGAGGAAAGUGAAGAGGAGGUGAUAAUGGAGUUGCGUCGAUCCAAGAGAAGAAACGUGCGGCCUGAUAGAUACGCUUUCUCCGAGAGUCAGCUAGAUUCAAAGGAUGGAUGGGUAAGGAUGAUGCCAUAUAGGUACAGCACAUGGACUGUUUCAAGUGAUGAAGACGAAGAUGAUGUCGAAGAAGAAGAUAGUGAAGAUGAUAGAGAUACUGAUGAUGAUUUGUACAUACCGUUAUCCCAGUUGUUUAAGAAAAAAGACAGCACAAAGGGAUUUAGUAAGAAUAAGGAAAGAGAAAUUGUUUUGGUAGACAAAACAGAGAGAAAGAGGAAGACGAAGGAGAAGAAGAAAAGAGAGGGUUUUGGUAGAAGUCGUGAGCUUUCGGUUAUUCCCUUCACUCCCGUGUUUGAACCUAUACCAUUGGAACAGUUUGGUCUCAAUGCAAAUAGUUUGUCUGGUGGUUUCUCUGGAGGUCGUUUGACGGAUGAGAUCGAUAAGUAUCGAAGUAAAGCUGCUAAGUUUGGGAAGAAGAUGAAGUCGGAAAUGAAUGAAAUAGAAUCUGAUCUAUGCUGGAUUGACAACCUCGGGAAGUCGGUUCAGAAAAGAAAUGGACCACAACCACAUUCCCGAGUACGGUCUGUUUCCGGGAACUCUGAUGAACUACAGAUUUAUAAGAAGAGAACAUUGAGCGCAGGUGCUUAUAACAAGCUGAUAGAGUCAUACAUGAGUAAUAUUGAUUCUACAAUUGCAGCCAAGAAGGAAACAAACAGUGUUGUAGAGCAGUGGGAGAAGCUAAAGAACGCCACAAGCACUUCAGUGGAAGCUGAAGACAGGUCGAGUGAGGAUGAUGAUGAUGAUGAUGAUGAUGAUGAGGGAGAUACGUCAGAGAUCGAGAUGUUAUGGAGGGAAAUGGAACUAUGUUUGGCUUCUUCUUACAUUCUUGAUGACUGUGAGGUGAGAGUGGAUAACGAGGCGUUCCAGAAAGCAACCAGUGGUUGUGAACAUGAUUAUGAACUGAAUGAAGAAAUUGGAAUGUGUUGCAGAUUAUGUGGUCAUGUAGGAACGGAGAUAAAACAUGUUUCUGCACCUUUUGCGCAAAACAAGAAAUGGACCACAGAGGCUAAGCAUGUCAACGAAGAUGACAUCAAAAUAAACAGUAAGGUGAAACAAGAUGGAGUCGAGAGCAGGAAAUUCACAAUGCCUGUUGCUUCAUCCUCGGAGAUCCCCUCGGCGGAAGAAAGUGACAACGUUUGGUCACUAAUACCUCAGCUUAAAAACAAACUGCACAUGCACCAGAAAAAAGCUUUCGAGUUUCUCUGGAGGAACCUAGCCGGAUCAGUGGUUCCCACAAUGAUGGAUCCGAGUUCAGAGAAGAUAGGUGGCUGCGUGGUUUCUCAUACUCCAGGAGCAGGCAAAACGUUUCUGAUCAUAGCUUUUCUUGCUAGCUACUUAAAGGUAUUCCCAGGGAAGAGGCCUUUGGUUCUUGCUCCCAAAACAACAUUGUACACAUGGUACAAGGAGUUCAUCAAAUGGGAGAUUCCAGUCCCGGUUCACUUGAUCCAUGGCCGUAGAACCUACUGUGUGUCCAAAGAGAACACGAUUCAGUUCAAGGGAGUUCCACAACCGAGCCAAGAUGUUAGGCAUGUUAUUGACUGUUUAGACAAGAUUCAGAAAUGGCAUGCGCAGCCGAGUGUUCUUGUAAUGGGUUACACUUCGUUUCUGACACUGAUGAGAGAAGACUCCAAGUUUGCUCAUAGGAAGUACAUGGCUAAAGUGCUGAGAGAAUCUCCGGGGCUUCUGGUUCUAGACGAGGGACACAACCCGAGGAGUACCAAGUCGAGAUUACGAAAGGCCUUGAUGAAAGUUGACACCGAUUUGAGGAUCAUGCUCUCGGGUACAUUGUUUCAGAACAACUUCUGUGAGUACUUCAACACUUUGUGCUUGGCUAGACCCAAGUUUAUCCAUGAGGUUCUAAUGGAGUUGGACCAGAAGUUCGACACAAACCAAGCGGUGCAAAAGGCGCCUCACUUGAUUGAAAACAGAGCGAGGAAAUUCUUCCUUGACAUUAUAGCCAAGAAGAUUGACACGAAAGUGGGAGAUGAGCGCUUGCAAGGUCUCAACAUGUUGAAGAACAUGACAGGCGGUUUCAUAGAUAACUACGAAGGAAGCGGAAGCGGAAGUGGUGAUGUUCUCCCUGGUUUGCAGAUCUACACAUUGUUGAUGAACUCCACAGAUAUGCAGCACAAGACUCUUACAAAACUUCAGAACAUAAUGUCGACUUACCAUGGAUAUCCCCUCGAGCUCGAGCUUCUCAUAACUCUAGCAGCUAUCCAUCCUUGGUUGGUCAAAACCUCUACCUGUUGUGCCAAGUUCUUCAACCCUGAAGAGCUUUUCGAGAUCGAGAAGCUCAAGCAUGACGCCAAGAGAGGAUCCAAAGUCAUGUUUGUGCUUAACCUCGUGUUCCGUGUGGUCAAGAGGGAGAAGAUCCUCAUCUUUUGCCACAACAUCGCGCCUAUCCGGCUGUUUCUUGAGCUGUUUGAGAAUGUUUUCAGGUGGAAGAGAGGCCGAGAGCUCCUGACCUUAACAGGGGACCUCGAGCUGUUCGAGAGAGGCAGAGUGAUAGACAAAUUCGAAGAACCUGGAGGCCCUUCCCGCGUUCUGCUGGCUUCGAUCACUGCAUGUGCUGAAGGGAUCAGCCUGACCGCUGCUUCACGGGUAAUCAUGCUCGACUCGGAGUGGAAUCCUUCUAAGACAAAGCAAGCAAUCGCACGCGCGUUCAGACCGGGACAGCAGAAAGUGGUGUACGUUUACCAGCUCUUGUCGAGAGGAACACUUGAGGAAGACAAAUACAGAAGGACUACUUGGAAAGAGUGGGUCUCGAGUAUGAUUUUCAGCGAAGAAUUUGUAGAGGACCCGUCUCUGUGGCAAGCUGAGAAGAUUGAGGACGAUGUCCUCAGAGAGAUUGUAGAGGAAGACAAAGUCAAAUCCUUCCAUAUGAUCAUGAAGAACGAGAAAGCUUCAACUGGUGGAUGAUUGGGUAUAUUCUUUGAUGAUCUCUGAUGAUGACGGUGAUGAUAACAGCUUGUUGUAUUGUGUAAUAAAACAAAUCAUAACUGUGUAAUAAGUCAGCUGUAUGUCAUAACUGUGUAAUAAUUCAGCUGUAUGAUUAUAAUCUUAAAUAAUGUAUUCGUCACACUCUUUGUAAAUUAUAAAAUUACCAACUGAGAUCAUUAGACUGUUGGUUUC